AAAAAUAAAAAUAAAAAAAAAUUAAAUUAAUUGUAUAAUAAAAAGAAGUCUUGAAACGAGACAGUAAUUAAAAAUUUUAGAUAAAUACACCGAUAUGAUAACAGUGUACUGAGGAGAUAAAAAAGACCCCAAAAUAUAUAUCAAACUGCAAAAAAAUUUUCGACAAUUUUACACAAAGAAAAUUAUUUAUUUAUUGUCUGAGGAAUUGUUAAAAACUGCCAAAUUUUGAAUAGCCAAAAGUCUCAUAGUGAAAAAAAGAUACACGAAUUUAGAGAUAACAAUUUGCUUAAAGUGUGCCAUUGACGUUAUACAGAUAUUGUAAAAGCGAAAGACUUGCAAGAGAAUAUAAAAAAGUCACACUUAAAUAAUUGAAAAACGUAAGAUACUUGUAUUUAAGUAUCUAUCUUUCAAAGGCGACAAAACUGUUACAAUCAAAGACUACUCUAGUGCUUCACACAGAAUUCAAAGUAUUACAGAAAAGUUAUUUUUAAUGUAUAUAUUUUUUAAAAAAUUAUAAAUAAAAUUUUCUGCGAGCACAAAUACUUAGAAAUACUAAGAAGAAAAUUAUAAACAUUUUUAAAAAAAAGUCUUCAUUGAACGUGAUAAGCUUACGAAAGUACAUAUUUUGAAGUUUGUAAGCUAAUUUAAAUAAAAGAGAAAGAAUUAUAAUUCCAUUAUAUAUAUAUACUUAUUGAGUUAUAGUUGUAAAUAAAGAGUUAGCCGUUCUAUUGGCAAAGCUGUUGAAAGGUAGUCAACAGCAGUAGUACAACAACACGUGUUGAAAAAAAAUCACAGCGUCUACAUCACAUAACUUCCUCAUCAUCGUCCUCCACCUCUUCAUCAUCCACAUCCUCCGAAAUGAAGACGGCAGCACUGAAACGCGAUCUUAACGAUAUUAAAAACUCCAUGUCAGAAAUAAGCGAUUUGGCCUUAGGGCGAAAUACAACGCAUCAAGCCUUGAACAGCGCUGAGACUAUAAAUCAAAUAAAACAGAAAAUUAACAGAUCCCUUGAAAAUAUUGUGGACUGUGAUGCAGAACCACUGGUAACAUUACCAGAAGAUGAUGAUCAUCAUCAUCUUGGCAGCUGCUUGGAUUUAGUUAAUGUUUCAAAAAAUCAGCUCAGCGCAAAUGGUUUAAGUGGUUCCAAUAAAACUAUCGAUACUGUAAAAUUUGAAGAGAAACGUACAAAAACCGAAUCUAAAACAAAAGUAAUAACAGAUGGCUUCAGUUCAGAGCAAGCGACAAGUAAUAUGGCGCAAUCGAAACGUCUGCAGGCGGGCGAUAUCGAUUAUCAGGAAGCAAAAGCCGCUGCUGCAGUACGUAGUCGCCUAGAAGUUGAUGGCGUUAAAGCUGAAGAAAAUGCAGCAGUCAUACAAGAAGCGCUCUCAUUGCGCACGGGUGAUAUUACACAACAAGCCAGCAAUAAUGUUGCCGCCUCUAGUAUUAAAGUUCAAAGUGACACCUUCUCCGCCGAUAAGAAAGCAAUUUCACAAUCCCAACAAUCACAAACAAUGACUUCAAAUGGCAUCAUUAGUCAAGAAAAGCACGUAUCGUCAGCUUCGCAAUCCAACUACACAAUGUCACACAAAGGUGUAUCCAGUUCGGGAAGCAGUAUGAUCUCUUCUUCUUCACAAAUGUCAGCAACGAACGGCCAACUCAUAAAGAUAAGUGAUCUCAAGUUAGAUGAUUUAACUUCACUAACAUCAGCAAGCGAUCCACGUGACGUGGAACAAGCCAUUGUUAAGUAUUCGAAUGUGUUAAAUUCAUUUGUGACAACUCUGCAGGAUGCGAAGAGCACAUCAAUGCAGCAGAACUAUUUAGAUAAAAUUAAUGAAGUAAUGCGUAGUGCGUGGGCUGUUCCAACUCAUGGGCAUGAGUUGGGCUACAGUUUAUGCAAUUCACUUAGGAACAGUGGCGGUUUAGAUAUGUUAAUGACAAAUUGUGUGCAAAGUGAUAUGAAAAUUCAAUAUUCAUCUGCGAAGCUAUUGGAACAAUGUUUGACCACCGAGAAUCGCACACAUGUCGUAGAUAAUGGUUUGGAUAAAGUUGUUAAUGUUGCCUGCGUUUGCACAAAGAAAUCAGACAAAGAACAUUCACGCGUAGGCACAGGUAUCUUAGAACACUUGUUCAAACACUCUGAAGUUACCUGUUCCGAUGUCAUUAAGCUGGGUGGUUUGGAUGCUGUCUUAUUUGAAUGUCGUACAAGCGAUGUUGAAACAUUACGGCAUUGCUCUAGCGCUUUGGCUAACUUGUCAUUAUAUGGCGGUAAAGAUAAUCAAGAAGCAAUGAUCAAUCGUAAAGUUCCCAUGUGGCUCUUUCCUUUGGCGUUCCAUAACGAUGAUAACAUUAAAUAUUACGCCUGCCUUGCUAUUGCCGUACUAGUCGCCAAUAAAGAAAUUGAAGCGGAGGUGUUGAAAUCCGGUUGUCUGGACUUGGUUGAACCUUUCGUUACUACACAUGAUCCCUCCGAAUUUGCUAAAUCAAAUUUAGCACAUGCACAUGGUCAGAGCAAACAUUGGCUACAACGUCUUGUUCCUGUCCUCAGUUCAAAUCGAGAAGAAGCACGUAAUUUAGCCGCUUUUCAUUUUUGCAUGGAAGCUGGUAUUAAGCGUGAACAAGGUAAUACAGAAAUCUUCCGUGAAAUUGGCGCUAUUGAAGCACUUAAGACUGUUGCAAGUUGUCCAAAUGCGAUAGCCUCAAAGUUUGCAGCCAAAGCUUUGCGCCUUAUUGGCGAAACAGUACCACAUAAACUGUCUCAACAGGUGCCACUAUGGUCUGUUGAGGAUGUACAGGAAUGGGUGAAGCAAAUUGGUUUCAUGCAAUACGUGAAACAAUUUGAAGAAUCCCAAGUUGAUGGUGAUCUCUUACUGCAAUUAAACGAUCACAAUCUACGUGACGAUAUUGGUAUUUCCAAUGGAAUAUUGCUGAAGCGUUUCGAACGUGAAUUACAAAAUCUCAAACGUAUGGCUGAUUACUCUUCUAAGGAUACGGCUAAGAUGCACCACUUUCUAUACGAAAUUGGUCCCGAAUAUUGCACUUAUACAUAUUCAAUGCUAAAUGCCGGCAUAGAUAGGAUGUCUUUAUCAAAGCUUAAUGAGGAUAUGCUUAUCGCUGAGUGCGGCAUCAAAAAUUCAAUUCAUAGACUGCGUAUAUUAAAUGCCAUUAAGAGUCUGGAAAACUCGCUUCCAAGUUCAUCAGAGGAAAACAUGGCAAAAACCUUGGACGUAUUUGUCAGUUACAGAAGGUCAAAUGGUUCUCAAUUAGCCAGUUUACUAAAGGUACACUUGCAAUUGCGAGGUUUCUCCGUCUUUAUUGAUGUUGAGCGCUUGGAAGCAGGCAAAUUCGAUAAUGGACUUUUAAACAGUAUUCGACAAGCGAAAAAUUUCGUGUUAGUAUUAACGCCAAACGCGCUAGAACGUUGUAUGGAAGACGAAGAGGGCAAGGAUUGGGUGCAUAGAGAAAUUGUUGCCGCUCUAGAAGCCAAUUGCAAUAUUAUUCCAAUAAUCGAUCAGCAAUUUAAGUGGCCAGAACUAGAAAAGCUACCCGAAGAUAUGCGUAGUGUUUGUCAUUUUAAUGGUGUCACGUGGAUACAUGACUAUCAGGAUGCCUGCAUAGAAAAACUCGAAAGAUUCAUGCGCGGGGAGAAGAAUAUCGAUCGGAUAGUAGCAAUGACUCCUGGCACUCCAGGUUCGGUGACGUAUCAAAGGAUGCAUAGCAAUGAUUCAGAUUACCAGAACAGUGGUGGUGGAAGUAGUGUUGUAGUGGGCGGUAGCGGCAUUGUUGGAACAGCAAAUGGCGGUGGACAAGCAGCUAAUCGCCAGGCAAAUAGAUAUCGGCAAUCAUCAUCACCGAUUAGACGUAUAGGUGGCGGAGAUACUUUAAGUGGCAGUGGAAUCUUAAGUGCAACUGGUGGUAGUGGAAGUCAGCUAAGCAUUUUUGGUCAUGGUAACUCCAAGCGUAAUAUUAUUUCUCCGUAUAGGACACAGCAACCAAAGGCGCUGCCAAUAGGUGGUUCAAUGCAGAAUGUGGCACCAUUUGCCUAUCGGCCACCGAGACGUAGUUCUGCAACAGGAGUUGUAAACAAAAACGUGCAGGCAGGAAACUAUCGAUCACAUAGCGUAGAUGAGUUGCUCGAUAGCAACGAAGCAAUGACAACAGAUCAGCGCAUUGCAGCAGCUGCAGCUUUAGUAGCAGCGGGUAGUAUUGCUCUAACUAAUGCCAGUUCGACAUGUACCUUACAACCAAGCGAAGAUUAUAAUUGUUCAUUGAGCUCACUGUCAGAACUAAAAGAACCUGAAGUUGUAGCAAGGCGAGAAAAAUCUACAUUAAAUUUACCUGCAAAUACACAACAUCGUAAAUCCCGCAGUCUCGAUCAUUUCAUUGAUGAGCAAACACUUUCAGCGUUAGUAGCACCAAAUGCUCCAACUGAAGGUACACAAAGUAUGCAAAAUCUUGCUACACCAGCAACACCUGACUUAAGCCGUGGUACGCGAACAACCCAACCAUUGCCACCACAACGUGUUGCAAAAUCCACAACUCCUGAACGAAACUCCAUGCGGCAAAAUACUGCAAUAACAAGACAAAGCCCAGAUGGCAUCAGUUCAACUGAAGACGAACGAGAAGACUCACAAUCAUGCAGUAAUAUUAAUUCUAAUACAAAAAACCAAACAAGAGCUGCGGCGCAUGUGCAUCGCGGCAGUCAAAAUGGCAUUAAGCCGCCUUCCAACUCCUCCUCCAAUUCUGUGACUUUGGCAGCAAACAACAAUAACACCAACAAUGCAAAUAACAAAACAAUUUUAAAUCGAACUUUAAAAAAAGUUCGAUCGCUCAUCAAAAAUAAUGAUAUUGAAGACGACGAAAUACCGGGGUUAAUAUUAACGAAAGCUACUGUACCAACAUCCGGCCGAAUGAUUUUUUGGUAAUAGAUGCAAUUACCAAAUAGUAAAUUAUCUACUUCGAAAUCAAACAAACACACUCUUCUACUAAACAAAAAAAAAAAAAA